CCAUGCCAUAUGGCAGGCAGGACAUGGGUCCUUUCCAUGUCAUCUUCACUCUGGGACCCAGCAGAGGGAGCAGACCUCUCGGGGAUGUUGCUCAGCUAAGAGGGAGGGAAAGACAGAGAGCUGGUGAAGGACAAGCUGGUCCUUCAUGCCUCUGCCCACCAAAGUGCACAUGGACACUACAAUGUGCGGGCCGCUCAUCUCUCCAGCCCACAUCAACACCGAAAUAUUCACGGUGCUUCAGCAAAGGAUGGGAAUAGUUGAUCAGACCAGCUCCCUGAGGGAUGACCUAAUAAUGCUGGGCUGUGGGGACAGAAGAGGUCAGUUGGAAACUCCAAACUAUUUAGAAGACUCUGCCAACCAGAAAGGCAUUCGUCCUAUCCCGAGUGAAGUCAUCCAUCCAGGAAAAACAGAUGUUUUAUGGCAGAACUGUGAGUUUCUGGUGAAUCGAAUGUGCCAUCUAGAAAGCCUCAUCCAGUCCUUGAAGAUGAACAUCUUCCGUCUGCAAGUGGAGAAGGAUUUGAAUCCACAGAAAACAGCUUUUCUGAAGGAUCGACUGAAUAUAAUACAGGAAGAGCAUUCCAGAGACCUGAAGCUGCUGCAUCUUGAAGUGAUGAACUUGUGUCAGCAACUGAGAGAUGUGAAAGAGGAGGAGGACAAGGCGCGGGAUGCAGUGCAAAGAUCGGCCGCCACUCUGGAAAUCGCCUCAGAGACAGCUCAGGAGAAGCACUUCAGGGAAUCUCUUGAGAAAUUGGGAUCAGCUAUGCUCCUUAAAAUACAAGAAAUGGGAUCCACAGUGGAGGGGGAACAGAAACAGGUGCACAUUUUGCAGCAAAACUGCCUGGCCUUGCGCAGUUCCAUACAGAGCACCCAAGAACUACUGGCACAGGAGCAGCAAAGAAAGGGAGAGUUGGAGACUGCUACCUCACAGCUCAAGACUGACCUGAUUUCUAGGGAUGACCUCAUUUCGAAGCUGCUUGAAGAAAACAAGAGUAUGCAGAUGUCUUUCAACAAGGAACAUAAAGAAAAUGCAUAUUUGAGGUCUGAAAUAUUAUCCCUUCAUCAAGCAUUAGGAAAAGCACAGGGCUUGAAUGACCAGCUGACCAGGAAGUGUUCCAAGCUAAGCAGUAUGCUUCAGACUGCUGGCGUGGAAAAGGCCAGGCUGGUCGCUGACCACCAGGCCAUGCUGCAGGUGGAGCAGCAGAUGAUUUCGCGGACGCUUCAGGAGCAGAGCCUCCUGCUGGAUGCGGCCCACGGCACAGGAGAGCUGCAGGCUGUUCAGGAAGAGAAAACCCAGCUCCAGGCGCAUCUGAACCAUUUAGCCCUUGAGCAUAACCAGUGUGUGCAGAGCCAGGAUGCCGAGCAGAGGACGGCUGUGCAGAAGGAGCUUCUGGAGUCAACCAUCGCGAGACUGCGAGGCGAAGUGGACGCAUCGGUGCAAGAGAAGUCCCUGCUGGAGGAGAACGAAAGGUUUCGGAGACGGGCUAACAAGACAGAAAAAGAAAUAACACAAGAAAAAUGCGCUUUGGAAAAGGAGUUAGCUAAAAAUAAGGUAGAUGUAAAUGCCUUAAAUGAAAACCUGCAGACACUGGUGGAAGAAAACAAGCACCUCACAGAUCAAAUGGCUUCCUUUGGACUUUAGCAAGUCCCUGCUGAUUACCAUGGGCUUGCCCAGCAGAAGGUGGAAAAAGUCUUGGGAAAAAUUACUGAGAGCAAAAAUAAGCUGGCUUAUGAAAAGGGAAAACUCCAGGUGAAAGUUAAACAGUUAGAAGAACAGCUACACUCUCUUGCUGAAACCAGUUUACAGAAUGACCAUCUGCGCAGGUCGAGUAAGACUCUUGAGGCCAAAUAUGCUCAGGUGAAAUCCAUCCUUGAGAAGAACGAGGAGGAGCUGUCCCAAGCAGUGAAGGGCCGGGACGCUGCCCUGCAGGAGAGUCAGAGGUUGAAAGGGGACCUGGAGGCCUUGGAGAACAAGGAAAGCAAGAAGGUGGGAAACUUUCAGAGACAGUUGGCAGAGGGGAAAGAAGACAACUGCAAAGUUACAAUCAUGUUGGAAAAUGUGCUGGCUUCUCACAGUAAGAUGCAAGGAGCUCUGGAGAAAGCGCAGAUAGAGCUGGGGCGAAAGGAUUCCGAGAUCGCAGGCCUCAAGAAAGAAAGGGCCCUCAACCUGCAGCGGGUGCAGAAGCUGGAAGCCGAGGUGGACCAGUGGCAGGCCAGGAUGCUUGAUGUGGACGCCCAGCACAGCAGCGAGGUGGAGCCUCUACAGAAAUCUCUCAAUGCAGCUAGAGAAGACAACAGGAAGUUGGCCAUGAGCCUGGGGCAAGCUCUCCAGACAAAUAAUCAUCUGCAGACCAAGCUGGAUCGUGUUCAAGAAAAAUUGGAGAAGAAAGAACUUGAGUGGCAGAAUUUGGAAACCCUGAGAGAGAGGAUGACGGAGGAGUGCAGAGCGGAAGCGGAAAUGCAUGCUGAGCUCAUCGAAGCGCUAAGGAAGCAGUUCCAGACUGAGAGAGAUACUGCGAGGAAAGCGGCACAGCAGGAGCUUGCUGAGCUGAAGAAAGCCCUCCACGAAGCCAACUUCCGGUCAGUGGAAGUGUCCCGGAGCAAUCGAGAGCUGCGGCAGAAAAUCGCCGAGCUGGAGAAGACGCUGAGCAGUAGCCAGGAGAAGCUAAAGAGUCAGAAGGCCCAGAUAAAGCUUCACCUGUCAGCCAAGACAAGCAACGCUCAGAACGUGGAGAGGAUGAAGCAAAUAGAAGCAGAACUGAGGCAGAUGGAGCUGAUCAAGGAUCAGUAUGAGAAAAAAAACUACGAGCAGUCCCUGAGCAUCCAGAGGUUCAUGUCAGAAACGAGCCGUUUGCAGAAGGAGGUGCAGCUGCUGGCCAAGAGCCAGCACGAGACCGCAGCCCAGAGCAGACUGCAGGAGCUGCGGCUGGUGGCCGAGCGCAAGAUGAGGCAGCAGUUGGAAGGCCGGUGCCAGGAGCUGGAAGAAGCUGUGAGACACCUGAAGAAAUGUAAAGAGGCGACAGAGAAUAAACUGAAAGAAGCCAGUGCGGAGUCAGAGCAGAUAUCCACUAACCUGGAGGAGGCGCACCGCUCGUUCAAGUGCAGGUGUGAUGGCCUCCAACUGGAGCCGACAAGGAACCGGCCGCAGAGGCUUCCCCAGGAGGACGAGUGGCCGGAGGAGGACAAAGACGCACACAACGUCCUGUCCACGCAGUCUGUUCUGCACCGCUGGGAGAUGAAACAGAAACUUGGGCGUGGGCCCAGGCAGCACCCCUCGGAGGUCAACAGGAAAAAGUGUCCCUGAUAGAGGGGCUGCCUCGGUGAGGCUCGCCCCCGGGGCCCUGAGCCGGACCGGGCCUGGCCUGGCCUACUGCACCAGGACAGGCGUCUGGUGUGGGCUCAGGAGCCGGCCCUGGUUUACCCUCCACGGACUCCUGUCUUACCACAGAGCCACCCCACCUUCCGUGUCCCUGUCCCUGUUUUCCACCCAAUAAAUUAGUUUGUUGUAUGAUAGGAGAUGCCGUUGGACAAUAUGCAGCUGCGGUUUACUGUGCCGAGACCUGACCAGCAGGUAGUCCCGGAAGUCCAGUGGCCUGUGCAGCGGUCAGUCUUCCUGUCACUGACCGGACUGAGAUGCCCGGAGGUGGCUGCCUCUCGGGCGCUGGACUGCACCACUGAUGCGCACAGCUGCGUCUGGGGUGGGGCCUAUGCAGCAGGUGGCUCUCCCUGGUGCUCUUUCCCCGUGCUCCGCUGCCCAGCCGGCUCUGCCCCCACGCCCCUCCACCAUGGUGCCCCUGCCACACAGCCACUCGCAGAGGACUGUGGGAGACAGGCUGGGCAGCCUGUGGGGGUCAGGUGAAGCUCUCCUUCUGCUUAGUGUGGUGACUUCAUGGCCGUGUCCACUUUGAAACUUGUCAUUGGGUCUACGGCCAUACCACCCUGAACAUGCCCCAUCUCGUCUGGAACUUGUCAUUGGCUCCUAUGCUUAGGGUUUGGGUCCUUUCCCUAAGGAGACUGUGCCUGCACAAAAGCUCCAUUGAUAACAGAAUGUGAAGAUGCAGUCAUUAAAACCAUUGGGUACUGGCUCAGAAGUGGACAAAACCGAGUCCAGAAGCAGCCCAGAGGAGGUCUGUGGUCACGCGCUGUUCCCCGAGUUGCGGAACCGUCUGCUGCUUUCCCAUGGAAAGGCCUGCGUUUACUUCCCACGUCGUCUGCCGAACACCCACGGGUGGCCAUCAACUCUGUACGGCAGAGCUGCCUCGGGUGGAUGAGAUUCCAGGUGAGCGGCAACCCCUGGACUGGGGUCGCGGGUGGACGGCAGCGCCUGGUGGGAAGCGAGGCUUCGCUCCUCCGCUGUGUCGCCCUGGUGACCAGGCUGUCCUUGC